GGGCUGCUCGGGCUCGCAGCAGGGCAGGCGUGGGCUCUCAGUACUCCCAGCUUCAACGUCUCGGGCGGCCGAGUCUCUACUGGUGGCUGAAUUCCUAGACCCUGCUAAACAUUUACCAUUUUGGAAUUUAAAGUAUGACAUCAUGGCAAAGUUUCGAAGAAGGACUUGCAUCACUUUGUCACUUUUUAUUCUAUUUAUUUUCUCUCUGAUGAUGGGUUUAAAAAUGCUGAGACCACAUAAAGCUGCUUUUGGAGAUCCUUUUGGACUUGACCUUCUUCCAGAAAUUCGGCAACAAACUCCUCAUUUGGUAAAAACUUUUGAUUCCCAAAAGAGUGACAAAAUCGACAGUGAAACAAACGUCAAGAAUUUAAAAAGUGUUGAAAUCACUGUGAAACCUUCCAAAGCCUCUGAACCUUACCUGGAAGAACUGCCACCUCGGAAUUAUUAUUUACAUAUAUUUUAUUACAGCUGGUAUGGAAAUCCACAAUUUGAUGGUAAAUAUGUACAUUGGAACCAUCCAAUCCUCUCGCAUUGGGACCUUAGAAUAGCCAAGAAAUAUCCACAAGGGAAACACAACCCCCCAGAUGACAUUGGCUCCAGCUUUUACCCUGAAUUGGGAAGUUACAGCUCUCGGGAUCCUUCUGUCAUUGAAACUCACAUGAAACAAAUGUACUCAGCUUCAAUUGGUGUACUAGCCCUAUCUUGGUACCCACCUGACUCAAAUGAUGAGAAUGGAGAACCUACUGAUAACUUGGUACCAGCUAUUUUGGAUAAAGCUCAUAAAUAUAAUCUGAAGGUCACUUUUCACAUUGAACCAUAUAAGAAUCGAGAUGAUAAAAACAUGUACCGAAAUGUCAAAUACAUUAUAGACAAAUAUGGAAAUCAUCCUGCCUUUUACAGGUACAAGACUAAGAACGGCAGUGCUCUUCCAAUGUUUUAUGUCUAUGAUUCCUAUAUCACAACAGCUGAAAAAUGGGCCAAUCUGUUAACCAGCUCAGGGUCUCAGAGCAUUCGCAACUCUCCUUAUGAUGCAUUGUUUAUUGCACUUCUAGUAGAAAAAAAACAUAGAUAUGAAAUUCUUCGAGGUGGUUUUGAUGGAAUUUAUACGUAUUUUGCCACAAAUGGCUUUACUUAUGGCUCAUCCUAUGAGAACUGGGCUAAGCUAAAAUUUUUUUGUGAUCAGUUCGACCUAAUGUUCAUCCCAAGUGUGGGCCCAGGAUACAUAGAUACCAGCAUCCGUCCAUGGAACACUCAAAACACUCGCAACCGAGUCAAUGGGAAAUAUUAUGAGGAGGCUCUGAGUGCUGCACUCCAAGCCCACCCCAGUAUAAUUUCCAUCACCUCUUUUAAUGAGUGGCAUGAAGGAACUCAGAUUGAAAAAGCUAUUCCCAAAAGAACCAGUAACACCGUGUACCUGGAUUACCGGCCUCAUAAACCAAGUCUUUAUCUAGAUCUAACUCGUAAGUGGUCUGAAAAAUACAGUAAGGAAAGAGCAACUUAUGCAUUAGAUCACCAGCUACCUGUUUCUUAAUGCAUUGAUUAAAGUUUAAUAAUUAUAGAAAUCACCUAAUUUCAAUACAUUCCUUUUGUUUUGAGUUAUGGAAAGAAAACUGUCAAAGUCAGUAUGUACUAUUAUCUCUAAUAAAAAUAAUUUGUACAUUUUUAAAGGUAGUAACAUUAUCAUUGCCACCUUUCACGAUGGUGAUGUUGCACUGAGAAAAGUUGUGCAAAUAACAUUCCUUGUGGCAUAAUUUGCUGAAUUUCUGACUGGAAUUGAAAUCCUGCUUUAUAGCUAUUUUUGUUUCACAAUAGGUAAUUGCUUGUGUUAUAUAGAGUAGUUAGCACACAAUUAAAUCCUACUUGUAUUAUGGGCCCAAAGAAAUAGGACUGUAUAUAUAUUUGAUAUGUCUAUUGAAGAACAAAGACCUAAAAGAUAAUGUACAUGGUUCCUUUUUCAUUUUUUUUAAUGAUCCAGUCAACUUCGUCAUAUUAGCAUUUAGACUGGAUAACUCUCCAAUAACAAUUCUUCAGAAAAAAAUCAUAUGCCUUAAGCCUUACUGUGAACCAUAUUGUGUUAGGAAGGUCUGCUUUCUACAGCACAAUAUGUAUCAUCAUUUGCAGAUUUUUGGUUUCCUAGAGCUUGCUAGGUGUUUUGCAUGUCUAAUGUUUCUACAUUAUAAUGCUGAAUUUCAGGCUUUAGAAGUAAGGAAAAUCUUUUCAUAAAGGUUAAGGAUUGCUUCUCAGUUAUUAAAAAAAAAUAGCUGCUCUACAAUUAUUAGGAAAAUACAAUGCCUCAAAUGCUAUUUUAGGAUACCUUGUCAAUCUUUAACUUAUUUUAUUAUUCAUAUUUUUAAAUUUAAUGUUAAUCAGAGACCAACUGUUAGAUAAGAAAAAGUUGAUACUAUCAUUGGAUUGCCUUCUUUUAAGAUUUUAAGCUAUUUUUACUAAAACUAAUAGAGAAAAUUUACUUACCAUUUCAGAUUUUAAGGAUAUGGAGAUGAAAGUUCAUUACUAAGUUUGACUUUUUAUUAGGUAUAACACUUAACGAUGGAAAUAUUUAAGACUUUAUAUUGUCUAUAAUAUAACAUCCCUAUCUAAAAACAUUACACUUUUAUGUUACCUAACAGGUUAAAGAGUUGUGAUCAAUUGUCAUAUUGUGACAAAUUAAUCAUCUGUAAAAAUGAAUCUCUUUAUUUUAAAAACUAGAGAAUAAAAUACACUCUAUUAUUAUAGUUAAUAUUUGUAACUAGAACUAUAGUAAAAAAUCUAAUAUAUAUGCUAUUACAUGAAUUUUUUUUUAGAUAUUUAAUUUAUUAAAUGUAAGCAAUAGGGAAAUACUAAGCAACAAUACAUAUAAAUAUUCUGAAUAUAUGGACAUUCAUUCAGAAACAAGUUAGCAGUGGAAUUUAUCAUAAAAUAACUCAUUAGACAAAUUUAAUUUUAAGCUGUGCUUUUGAAGUUAACUAUCAUGUCUUUGAAAAGAAGCAUGAUUAAUGUUAAACUUAUUUAUAACUGAGAAUUUGCCAUUUCUCAGAAUGUUCAGACCAUGGGAAAUCAGUAUAAUAGUAAUUAGUAUUUCACCUUCUAGAGGAAAUUACAAGAAUAAAUCACUAUAAUGUUACAACUAAGCAUCUUCAUAGGAACACUCAUACAGAUAUAACCUGUGGAUUUUUUUUUUCUUACAUCCAGUUAGCCACUAUAUGUUAUCUUAGGGAUAACUCUAAAUAUGUUAUACCUAAUAAUAUUUAUAACAUACCAUAUUUUAUUAAAGUUUAGUUAGAUCUCUAACACACAGGAAUUUUUGUCAUUGCUUAUGUUGAAUGUUUGAACCCAUAAUGACAGACAAUUUUAUGAAAUAGUUCUGAGAUUAAGAGAAAGUGUAUAAAAACAAGGUCAGCAAAUCCUCAACCCGGACACCACCAUUUCUCUCCUGCUCCCAUUGCAGACAUAUAGAUAGAUCAUCUAGGACUGCAGAAUUUCCCUCUGAGCUUUGUUCUAAUGCACUACCCCAACCAGCCACUGACAGUCGGUUUCAAAGUAAGAUAAAAUAGAUUCUGCCUUCAUUGCAGAAAGCUAAUUCAUUCUCAAGGGAAGAAUGUUUGGAAUCAGUUCUAAUGAUAGUUUACUGAUUUAUAACUAUUUAUAAAACUAUUUAUUUUUUAUGAAUAUCAUGUUUCUUUUCUCCUGUUCUUAAAAAAAAACAGUUAUUAGAAGGAAUUAUCUCUAAUAAUUUUGUUAUUCUUAGGGAAGAACGCUUUCAAAAUCUUCCUCAGGUAUGCAUUACAGCUGCCUUUACCAUUUGACUUAUAACAAGUUUAGAUUGCAUAAUCACAAGAAAUCAAUUCUUUGCUUUUAUUUAAUUCAAUAAACUAAAGUAACUGUUAAAGAAAAAAAGUGUAAUAUAUGCAAUGCAUGAAUCAAAAUGAAUUAUUUUAUGGUUUAAUCAGUCUAAUUGUUUUGACUGUAUAGAAACCAAAUCUUUCUUUUACUACUCUAAGGACUGAUAUUGUCAAAAACUGCUGUAAUUAAUGUUGAUCUCAGCUGUAUAUUAACUUUUUUGUUUUAAGAGUAAUUUAAAAAUGACUAUUUUGUUACAUGAAGUAGUUAACUUUCACCUAAUAAAAGCAUACACGGAAUAAAUUGUACAUUAGAUAUAAAAAUCUGUUUCUUUUUUUAUGAAAUGUUUUAUUUAAUUUCUGAUUAACAGUUCAAAAGUAGUAUUCAGUGGCCACUCUAUAUAUCUUCUCUAUUUGAAAUAUACAGCAUUUAAAAAGUAGAUAUCUUUUAACUGUACUUUUAAAAUCUGUGAAUUUGUGUUAUACACACAAAAAUAUGAAUUUUUUAAAUUUGGAAGAUGGUUUCUUAUUUUUUUAUUCUUUGGGCAUAAUAAUAUAUGAGCUCCAACAUCCUUCAGAAAAUUGAUCUUCCCCUAAGACAGCAAAAGUAACAAGCCACUAGAGAACCUACCAAGUUCAUAACCAAGCCCUUUUUGAAACUGAUCACAGUUAUUCAAUUUAAACACAGUGACUGCUCCUAAACUCUAUAGUGCCUACAGAAGCAGUCCUUAAAAGUCUUUAUCUAAAUUUUGAAUUAAGGUCGAACAGUCUCAUGUCCCAUAGUGUAGAAGCAAUACUUUAUUUACGACCA